AUGGCUGGAUUCAACGUGACACUACAGACAAGAUCACUGGCAUUUUCAACAACAUCUGGAACUUGUGUCAAGGAGUCAUUGCUACAUUGGAUCAUUAACAACGACAAGAUGCAGGAUGUCGCAAUACAAAUCGCAGCACUAUGUCUAUUCGUUUCAUAUGCCACUUCGAUUCUUGUCAUUUCAUUGGACAAGUUUUAUUUGCUGUAUAAUGCGAUUAGUGAUCUCUACGCUGGCAUCAAUCCAUAUCUUCUAUGGAUAUUCUCCGAUUCUCUCCGAAAGUAUAUAUUGAUUCGAAUUGGAUUCAGAAAGAAGAAAAAGGGACCAUCUUCAUCUGUUCUCACUGUCGUUGUACAUUGA